GUGUGUGUGUGUGUGUGUGUGUGUGUAGGCUUAUGUGGUCGAGGACAACAAACAGCUGAUCCUAGAGGGCCAGCUCCACGUGGCGCUGCAGACCAUCGGCAAAGAGGCCACUUCUCUCACUCCCAAAGAGCAGGAAACUCAGGAGAUGGUGCUGCUCAAGUUUAAAUCAGAAGCUCCUCCUCCAGUCAUCCUGCCCGCUGCAGAGCUUUCCCAACUCAUCAAAACCAACCUACACUACCCCGAGACAUACACACACCCCUUUGUCCAGGACAGCCUCUGUGUGGUCCCCGUCGCUCUCACCCUGUCCAACUGCUCCCUGGCCCGGGUGGAGGUCAUCAUCGACCUACGGCACAAAAGCGCCAGCCCCGAGUCAGUGGAGGUGCACAGCUCGUUCACCUGGGUGGGUCAGACCCAGCACCACCUGCAGCUGAGGCCCCAGGAGGUUCUGUGCCUCACCCUGCGGGCCUGCUUCCUGCAGCCCGGGGUCUACAACCUCAACACGCCGCGAGUCUUCGCCAAGCUGACGGACCAGGGCGCCAUGUGUGAGACGAGUCAGCAGACAGCCAGUCCUGCCCUCAUCAUCAUCAACAGCGCCUAAGAGCAGCAAGCCCACCGGACUACUCCAACACACCAACCACUCUUCUUCUUUGAUUCUGGGCAGCAGGAAGCAUUAAUGUUUGUACCAAUUACUAAAACAAGAAAAUGUGUAUUCAUACCAAACAGAUUAUAGAGCUCUCUGGACUCUUUCACUUGCAUGUAACUGUGUGUGUGCGGGUCUCAUCCACACACACAGCUCCACCCUCCGUGCUCUACUGGCUCCACACUCUGUGGACUAAUGCAACAAACCUACUGCACUCUGGAGAAGCCAUGUGUAAGUGUGCAGGAGGAACUGAGCAGUAGAGUAAAGGCGGUUACAUAGUGUGACAGGAGUGUGACAUCCUGACUAUUGACCGCCCCCACCCAUUCUGUACUACCAUGAGCACGCAGUGGAUUUUCUACAGUGUGUUCCACCUCUCCAUAUUGUGAUCGAGCUCUUAUAUGCAUUGACUUGACAGCUUUUUUUGAAAAUGAUGUAUUAUAUUUAUAUAACAAAUUGGUUGUAAAUAGAAAAUAAAAAUGUAACUAAUGAUAUUGUAUGAUCUGUGACAGACUGUAUAGAGUCAGGGUACAUUGUGGUGAUAUUAUGUACAAAUAUAAUUAUUGUGCUCGGUCACAAACAGGGCCUCAGCUCCGCCAUGGUCGUCUGCUAUGAGAAGAAACCUUACACAAUGAAACACUCACACACUGUGCUCAUGGGAAUAUUUUUGGCACAUAUAAAUGUACUGUUAAUACUUUUAGGCCAACAAAAUAAAUAACUGAG